AUGCUGUUUUUCCAGGAACUUCAAGAUCUUGGUAGAGAUCCUCCAGCGCAGUGUAGUGCAGGUCCUGUAGGUGAUGAUUUAUUUCAUUGGCAGGCUACCAUAAUGGGCCCUCCAGAAUCACCGUAUCAAGGGGGAGUGGCGUUCACUACUCGAAUAUAUCAUCCAAAUAUAAACAGUAAUGGAAGUAUUUGCUUAGACAUCUUGCGUUCUCAGUGGUCUCCAGCGCUAACUAUUUCAAAAGUACUGCUUUCUAUUUGCUCUCUGCUUUGUGAUCCGAAUCCCGACGACCCACUAGUGCCAGAAAUUGCUCGUAUUUAUAAAACGGAUAGGGAUCGGUACAAUCAGUUGGCUCGCGAAUGGACUCAAAAGUACGCGAUGUGA